UCUCUCAACUCUCAACUCCUAACUCUCAAGUCUCUUACCUCAUAAAUCCUUUGUUCUCAUAAUAAUUAUGGAUUAUGCUAUGUAUGAUCAACAAAGUAUUCAACAAUUUCUUCUUUACUUAGCAAAAGAUGAAACAAAUGAAUUAGUCUAUCAACCUACAAAUAAUAAUUGGCAACUGUUUACACCAUCACCACCACCACCUCCAGCUCCUGCUACAACCAGAUUUAUCCCAAAGGUGCCAUUUUUCGGUGGGAUGUUAACAGAGUCCUUUGAAGACGUCAAAGAUUUCAGCAGCAUUAUCACUACUCGUAUUCGAUCCAUUGCUGCUGCUGCUCGAAAAGCCAAGGUCCUGAGAUACAAAGAGAAGAAGAAAAGAAGAAACUUCAUGAAGAAAAUUAGGUAUCCAUCAAGGAAAGCAUAUGCCGAGAUAAGACCUAGAAUUAGAGGGCGGUUUAUUAAAGUUCCGACUCCGAAUCACCCCAUUGUUAAUCACACCGAACUUUCAAGUUGACGGUUGUACAUAUACCAAGACUUAGGAUGGUGUUAUUGUAAUGGUUGUGACAUAUAAACUUACUUUGCGUUGUGACAUGUA